UAUGAUGUUCGUCCGACUCGAGCCAACAAGAGGCCACCCACAUACACAGCGAGAAACCCUAACCUCCGUCACCUAUAAGUAGGGCUUGGGGUCGCCGCCGUCUCUCCCCUCUCCUUUCUUUUUAGGGUUAGGUUAGGGUUUCCGACACGAUCGGGAGAAAUGGCGGUGCCGUUGCUCGCGAAGAAGAUCGUUAAGAAGCGUGUCAAGAAGUUUAAGAGGGCUCAGAGUGACCGCAAGAUUUCGGUGAAGCCCAACUGGCGUAGGCCCAAGGGUAUUGAUUCUCGUGUGAGAAGAAAGUUCAAAGGAUGUACUUUGAUGCCCAACAUUGGUUAUGGAUCUGACAAGAAGACCCGGCAUUACCUGCCCAACCGUUUCAAGAAGUUUGUUGUUCACAAUGUAUCUGAGCUAGAGGUGCUUAUGAUGCACAACAGGACGUACUGUGCUGAAAUUGCACACGAUGUCUCUACAAGGAAGCGCAAGGAGAUUGUAGAGCGAGCUGCACAACUAGACAUUGUUGUCACCAACAAGCUUGCCAGGCUCCGCAGCCAGGAGGAUGAGUGACCUGCUAGUUUUGGAAACUUCGACUUUUAUAGUUAUCCAUUAUUUUGUUUUGGAGACUCGUCUAGGCAGCAGAUUCUGUUUUGACGUUGUGACUAUUAUUUUCAGUGAUGACUCAACAUCAUUACCACAUGAAGUGAUUGUUGCUCUCGCUUUUAUUGUUUGUGCACUCUUCUAUAGCUGUUGUUAAUGUUGAUGGUCAAGUUGGAAGGC